CCGAUCCAUCCUCCCUCCUUUAACUAAGCCGACCCAGAACAGAAACGUCCGCUUCAGCUAAGCCGAGCAGAGCCAAAACGGCCGGUGCAACCGCCAUAAGACCCCCCCACGCACUCUAUCUCUGAUCAGUAGACAAACAGACACCACAAUCUCUACACCAUAACUCGCAUUCAUUGCUUCGCUUUCACUGCCCACUUCACAUUUUUUGCAGUUUUUUUCAGACCACCAAACAAACAAACAAACAAACAAACAAACUCUCUCUCUCUCUCUCUCUCUCUCUCUCUCUCUACAGGUAUACUAUACCAUAGGGUUUCUCUCUCCUUCGAUUCAACCAAGGCCAAAUACGUAUAUAUGUGUGUGUGUAUAUGCGAUCAACAACAGGAACGGUGGAAAUCAUAGACUUGAGUUUCAACUGAAUACGAAAGCCUACACUUUCAAAUUCAUUUUAGGGCCAAUCCAGUCCAGUUGAGAGAUCCAAGUAUCCGUAGGUGCCCUGAAAUUUGGGAUUCUGAAAGUGUUUCUGUGAAGAAGAAGAAGAAGAAGAAGAAGAAGAAGAAGAACAAUGAAUGCAGAGCUUUUAGAAAUUCAUCCCCGUGAACUCAAGUUCAUAUUUGAAUUGAAGAAGCAGUCAACGUGCUCUGUUCGACUCUUCAAUAAGUCCAACAACCAUGUUGCGUUUAAGGUUAAAACUACAUCUCCAAAAAAAUAUUCCGUGCGACCGAACAUAGGCAUUAUUAAGCCAAAAUCAACUUGUGAAUUCACCGUUAUGAUGCAAGCACAAAGGGUGGCUCCUCCUGACAUGAUAUGCAAAGACAAGUUUUUAGUUCAGAGCACAGUUGUUCCUGCAGGGACCAGUGAUGAUGAUAUUACUCCUAGCAUUUUUGCCAAAGAUGAUGUCCGAUACGUUGAAGAGAACAAGCUGAAAGUGGUCCUUGUCAGUCCCCCCAAUUCUCCGGUACUUUCACCAAUCAAUAGAACGUUGAAACAGGUGCCGGCUUAUGAACCUUCAAUACUGAAAGAUCAAGUGCUGAGGAAAGUCGAAAGCCUUACCCAACGUCACACAGUUACUGAGGAUGUGGAGUCCAAAGUGGAAAAUAGUGAGGAGGCAAAUUCAGCAAAGAAUUUAGAGUAUAAAACAAGGAAGGAUGCGGAUGAGCCUCUAAUGAAUGUCGGGUAUAAAGCAAGGAAGGAAGUGGAUGAGCCAACAACAGAUGUAGAGCAUAAAACAAGGAUGGAUGUGGAUGAGCCAACAACAGAUGUAGAACAUAAAACAAUGAAUGAUAUGGAGGAGCUGAAGUUGGUUAAAGAUGUUUCGGAAAUGAAGUCAAAACUAAAUGAACUUGAAUCAAAACUAAGUGAGGCUGAAGUUAUCAUUUCAAAACUAACAGAGGAGAGGAGAUUGAAUGCUCAAGAGAGGGAAAGUUUACGGCAAGAAUUGACUUUGUUGAUGAGCAAGAGAGUUGUACGAAAAGUUCAUGCAGGAUUUCCUUUCCUAUUUGUUUGUAUGGUGGCACUUGUCAGUGUCAUGCUCGGGUACCUUCUAAACCGCUGAGAUAGAAUUUUUAGCAUGAAGAACGUCUGGGAGAUUCAAUAUAUGCCUGCCUCUACAUGAGAGAAUUGUUUAUAUAACCAGAGGUUGUUGAUAGAAGAAGACAUAGAUCACUAAAAUUCCCUCCUUUUG